AUGUCUAAGAAGGCACAGAAGGUGCAUAGCAAGGACUGCGCCAUUCUUCUCGGAGAACCUUUGACACCCGUCAUUGUGGCGCAAGCCCUCGAUCGAGUUAGCCUCAUCUCUUCCAAGUUCAAAUUGAUAACGGCACAAGAUUGUGAUCCUCUCCUGGGGUACACAAUUGAAGUCGACCUGGCCAAGAAUCAGGCGUCGAAUGAGACGCUUGGCUUCGGUGUCCGAUACAAUAGUCGUCGAGGGCUCAUUGACGCAGAACUGGCAACCAAGCAUGUGAUUAAGAUCAAACUUCCUCGCAAUGUCACCAUCGUAGUCGAAGACGCCAGACAAGCCCUGCCAAAGUACUCGGAAAUCUUCAGCGGAGCCUUUCAUGACGAAGCCUCUGUAAUUCAUGUUACAGUGCCCGAGAAUUCUGAGCCAACAGUCGAGGGCUUUGGUCUGCCUUUCAGCGAUCGUGAGCAUCCACAACUGGAAGGCUGGCUACGUGGCAACCAGCCGAUGGCGGGAUUUUCUCUAGUUGACAUCAUCAAGCAGAAGAAAAUUUCCUUCUUCAUGGAUCUCUCGGUCAAUGAAGUCAACAAGAAAUUUUUGCAGCCGUUACCUGAGCCGUUCAAAUUUCCAUAUCAGACUGUCGGCGCCAAGUUUGUGGACUACCGCGGGCCUGUCAAAAUGCACAGAGGCCAUCAAUUUGCGCCAAGAUUUGUACUCGAUAGCGAUGACGACCACAACAUCGCCGUAAAUCAUACUGUGGUCCAGGAUGUGCUGUGGAUCUACGAAGCCGCCCACGACAUCAAGAAAAUGAGACGACCUUUGUACUUUGCAUCUUGUGUCAAUCUAGAUGGAAAAGUGAAGUACUACGUCGUUUUUUCGUUGCCGGAAGACUUCUGGGCAGCUUACGGUGAUGCCUGGCGUCGACUAGCAAGCUUUAGCCGCGUGGAAGUGAGUUUGUAUGACUCAGAGGCAGGCAGUGAUAGUGCUCCUUGCGAAGAAUGGGAUGGCACUAUCAUUGAGGAUCCGGAAAGCAUCCCGCGCUUUGUCGAAUGCCAUGAACCCGACGCCCGGAAGGACUUGGUCAUGCUGAUUGAACCUUCGAAGCGGCCGGGUAAAAAGCCGACUAGACGACAGGCGUUUGAGAACCGCUCAGCGGCAAACCGGGCAAAGCGUGAUGGCAAAGGCUACUGGGCUACCAUCUUCAUCAACCCCGAGGUCCAUGAAGUCCAGCGGAAGAUCACGUCCACAGACCUGUUUCUAAGCACAUCAAAUCCAGCAAAUAUCGCCGGAUGGAACUUGCCAGUGACAGGUCAACGACCACCCACGGCAGUGCAGCUGCAAAAUCAGGUGACCAUCAUGGACCGGAUGCACCUCCACCGCGUUUUUGUCAGAGGUGCCGGUUUUUGGGAGUGGCAGAUGAAGGGAAGCGGCGUAAAUGUUCCUCGCAGCUUGCCGGUGGUGAACUUUCUGGACCUCGGAAAUCCAGCACUUGUCAAAGCAAUUGUUGAGGAAGCACUCCCAGAGGACCGAGCUCGCUGGGCCAAUUAUCUUCAACGCCGUCUUCUUGGCUUUGGAAUCAUAGCGGCUGCCCCGGGUACCGGAAAGACGACCAUGAUGGCUAGUGCAGUGCUUGCUAUGGCUGCGCGAUUAGGCAAAGUCCUUUGCUCCGACCCAAGCUUAGGCGACGCUGCCGUGCCGGACCACAUGCUCCUUGAUAACUCCAACUCUCGAUGGAAGUUACACUUGUCACCUACGUACUGGCUGCUCAUGGUGCUUGGCUCUCCUGCCGUGAGAAAGCUCGAAAAUGACGAUAGUGCUGGACUUUGGGCUUUGCGCGACCUUCCUGUUGAGGCAGCUACGGCGAGACUGCGUGCCGUUGCACAAGGCAAGAUGAGUUGGGCGGCCUUCAACGACCCGGCGUUCAACGAGGCCGGCGGGCUGGACAAGAAACAAUUCGCCAACUACAUCGGGAAGUUGCUUCAGUAUGUCGACGUCUUGUGCGUCACUCCCGCCGCUUCUCACAACGUUCGAGAGUACGCGAUGUGGAAGCACUGGCAUGCCAAGGCCAUUGCCAUAGACGAGGCUGGCAACAUGAAUUGCGCCGACCUUUACGAUGUCUGGGGCAACACGAUGCAGCCGGCCUUCCUUGGCGGCGAUCACAUGCAGCUGCCACCCACUGUCAUUUCGUCGAUGGACAAGGGUACCGCCGAAGGUGAAUACCGCAAUCGCUUCGCCAAGUACGGGAAAAUCUCGGCUCUGCUGAAAUUUCAGGCGAUGGGUAUGCCGGUAUAUCGUCUGAAUCGACAACUUCGCAUGGCCAAGGGAAUGUUUGACAUUCCUUCCGCAGUCACCUACCCGGAUGUCCCACUUACUUACAGUGCCAGCUGCAACAUUUCGCGGCCAGAGUUCCAGAUUGGGCGGGAUCUCGAGAGAUACCUGCGGAGAGUGUUUCCAGUGCUCGCUGCUCCACCUACCAGCGACAGGCUUCGACCAGUGUUCUUGCACUGCCCAAACUCCAUAACCGAGCAAGAUAACAUGACCGGCGGCUCCCGAAUGAAUUCCAAGCAAGUGACAAUUGCUCUGGAUGCUAUCGCCGGAUUCAUCAGGGCCACGCGGGUGGAUCCUGCGCGCAUCAGCAUACUCUCACCCUACGCUGCCAAUGUUGCUGAGAUCAAACAGCAACUCAAGGGGCGUAAUAAGUAUGGCCCGAUUCUCAGCAGCAUGCCCAGUCCCUCCACCGUGGACUCCUUUCAGGGGCAAGAAAAUGACAUAAUUGUCCUUGUCAUGGGUACCACGGUGGCUUCGGGUCCUGGAUUCACCACGGAUCCGGCGCGACUGAAUGUUGCGAUGACUCGCCCGCGGUCUGGGCUCAUCAUCGUGGGAGAUAUCAAUGCCGCGGGGCAUUUGAUGGAUAGAAAUGGCAGGCUGGUCAGAGAUGCCACCCAAAAAACCUUUGAGUUCAUUGAUUCCGAAGGCAAUAAGUGUGUGCGAAACGCUGAGGCGUUGCGCUCCGUCCUCACAACGCUGGUGAGAGACAGACGGGUUGUCACGGUCCUUUGA